UGUCUUUGAUCCCUCUGCGUCAUUUAGAAGGUCUCACACUUUUGGAUUUCGUUUUAGUUUUCGCCAAAGAAACUGUAUAAAACAGAUCGGAGAAGAAAAGAGAAAUAGUAGUUGCGGCAAUGGAGGAUCUAUGGAAGAGAGCCAAAUCGUUCGCAGAAGAAGCGGGUAAGAAAUCUCAGAACAUCACCCAAUCAUCCUCCGCGACGUUCGUCAAUCUCGUCACCGAGACUGCUAAGAAAUCCAAGGAACUCGCUCUCGAAGCUUCUAAGAAAGCCGAUCAACUCAAUGUUUCCGAUUUCGUUGCCGAAACGGCUAAAAAAUCUAAAGAAUUCGCUGCCGAAGCUUCAAAGAAGGCGGAUCAGUUCAAAGUCGCCGCGCUGAAGCAAGCUGAUCAGAUCCAGAACAUCAAAUCGAUCGCUGAUAUUAUCGGGUCCGGGUCAGGAUCAGGAUCCGGUUCCGAAGCAGAGCUUCUCGAAUUCGGUGUAACGGAUGAUUUGAGAGAGUUCGUUGAAGGCUUGACCUCUGCUACAUUCCAAGCUUUUCCUGAACAAGAUCAACCAGAUGAAGUUGCUGAUGUGACAACGAAUUCUUCGAAUGUUCGAAAGGAUCUAUCGGAUUGGCAAGAGAGACAUGCCACUCUCGUUCUAACCUCUGUCAAGCAAAUCUCCAAGUUAAGAUACGAACUUUGCCCGCGAUUCAUGAAAGAAAGGAGGUUCUGGAGGAUAUAUUUCACACUAGUGAGCACUCAUGUUUCACCAUAUGAGAGGAGGUACAUGGAGGCACUUAAGACCAAAGCAGAACAUGAAAGUGAAGAAGCUAAGAAUGCCCCAGUGACUGGAGAGACAGAAACAGUGGAAAAGAAUGUUGCAAUCAGUAGAACAUCUACUGCGACUUCUGAGCAGGAUCUGGAUACAUUCCUUUUGGGAGAUCUCGAAGACAGUGAUGGAACUCCAGAUGAUGGUGAUGGAAGCCUUGAGGAUGACUUUGACAAGAUUGAAAACUCAGAUGUUGAAGACGAGAAGCAAUCAACUAAAGCUACAACAAAUGCAGGAAACUAAGCGUCUUGUUAGUUUAACAUCCAAUUAGAAAAAGGUAAAUGAAGACGAUGCUUGAAAUGUAUAGUUUUGAUUUAGUAAGGGACGCAUAAGAAGACCGCGAUUUCGUAUAGUAAUUAAUUUGUUUUGCCAAACAGUCCUUUAGUUCGUUUUGUACAGCACUGCUACCAAUAAGUAGUCAAUUACUUUAACUCUAAA